GAGAGCAGCGGUGCCGGUGUUAAAAUUAUCCGAGCAUGCCUGUCGCACAUCUCCGCCUCGGCCAACUCUUGGGUUCCCGAACAUUCACUUGCGCCAUGCCACUUGUUCGCGCCAUCUGUCGCUUCUAGCGAAUAAUGCCGUAGCUGACAAACUACAUAUGCUCUCCCUACAAUAACAUUCACAGUGCCUGCUCCUGCGUGAAGAAACUUCGUUUCCACCUGCCUUCUACUCACUCGCCCAUCGCAACUUACUACUUGUGACAACCGCACCGGCUGCGUCCCGCCAAAGCGCCCCACUACUUCCACCACUCCACGCCGUCAGGGCUCUUAUACUUGCAACAGUUGUCACCUCACAUCACAUAGUCUUGCGCAUUUUUAUUUCGCACUUGUCAGUACCGACUUCUAUCGCCAUGCCCAUUCGCCUCCGAUUACGAGCGCCCAACGGCACCCAUACCCUCUCCCUCGACGAUAAUGCCGCCGUUUCCGACCUUCUAUCAUCUAUCAGCGAGAAGACGGAACUCCCACUCUUCGAACUAAAAUGGAACCACCCACCCCAGCCGCUCGAUCCUUCACUAUACGGAAUGUCUACGCUAUUGAAAGACAUCGACCUUAAACUUAAUGGCGCAUCCAUCAUCGUCAUUGGUAAAGCUACUGGCGAUCCAAGUGAACGGAAAGCAGAACAAGAACUUCAGUCUGCUACAUCUCAAUCAGCGCCCCUAUCGUUACAACGCAAGCAGAACUCGGCACUCAAAGACACUCCCGAAGUUCCUGUGCCCGACCGUGCUGGCACCAUUGUCCUGAGAGUGAUGCCGGAUGAUAACUCGUGCAUGUUCCGAGCUCUUGGAAGUGCCGUUCUCUCCGACUCGCUGGAUGCCAUGACCGAGCUCAGGUCGAUGGUCGCACAAGCUAUACAAAGAGACCCCGAGCAGUACAAUGAGGCAAUCUUGCAACGGUCUCCCGACGAAUACUGCAAAUGGAUAUCAUACUCAGACUCGUGGGGUGGUGGAAUCGAGCUUAGUAUUCUAUCCCAAGAAUUCGAUAUCGAGAUAGCCAGUGUCAAUGUGCAGGACAACCGAGUAGAUCGCUUCAACGAGGGCCGGCCGCGCCGCUGUAUCCUUGUAUAUUCUGGUAUUCAUUACGACACUAUAGCUCUGGUUCCACAGGGUGUUUCGCCUCAAGAUCCUUCUCAAGACAUCAAGCUUUUUGAUGCCAACGAUGAUGUCAUCCUCGAGGCUGCACGGGAACUCUGCCGCCAGCUGCAAAAGCAGCAUUACUACACGGAUACACAGAAAUUCGAUAUCAAGUGCAAUACGUGUGGCUGGAAGGGAGCUGGAGAACGAGGAGCGAUUCAGCAUGCAACGGAGACCGGACAUAGCGAUUUUGGUGAGGCAAACUAAGUGUCCACUACCAUCAAAUCCCAAAGGGUUGUCUUUGGCGUUUUUAUCACUGCUAGAAAGUUGUAGAUAGUGAAUCACAUAGAAUACUGUGAUUCAACUCCCGGUAGUGGCUUCGAUAUAUGAAGCUAAUUUAUCAAAAAAACAUUGCGUGUGUAAUCAAUGUAAAUAUUGCCCUACGAUGUUCAGAGGGAUUUGGCAUGCUUUUCUCAACUGCUACUUUGCGUGCAUUCACGUAAAGCUUCCUCACUGCAAAGUGUAUAGUUGGAUGUUUGCUUAUGGUCGCACUUUCCUUUGUUGACUACUGAUUUUGACGUAACAACCCACCUCACUCUAAAUCUUCUUGAGAAUCUGAGCCACUUCACUUCACUU